AUGUUCGGCUCACUCACACCUCUGAUCCUUGGGAUCAGUGGCUUGAAGUCUAGCACAGGUAUCGUCUUCCACCAAGCUUCAAAACAUGCAGCAUACUCUCCAUCGCUCACUGUUCUGCUGUGCGAAAGCAUCAAGAUCGUAGCCUCCUUCCUUCUCCUCGCACGUGCACUACACCGACAAAGAAGCCAGCUUGAGCCUGCAGGCACAAGCUUUCCGGUCAGCUCCAACGGCUAUACUCGCUUGCAAGCCGAAGAUUUCGAAGUGCAAGAUUCUGAGCAUGACGACAACUUCGUCAACGCCAACAACACCAACAAGGAGGCCUCCCCCUCGACGCUUGAGAGCGGACGGAACGGCGAUUUCACGGCCAAACAGACGCUCUUACAGCACGUAUGCUCCCAAAUUUUCCAGAUUCAAGGGCUUCGGUUGAUGGUACCAGCUGUCAUCUAUGUGGUGCAGAACAACCUCUACCUGUAUGCUGCCUCUGAACUCGACCCUGCUUUCUUCCAGGCUCUCUGGCAGAUGCGUAUCCUGAUGAGUGCCACUCUUAGCUGGUUGGUGCUCAAGAAACGCAUCCUUCCGAUUCAGUGGCUCUGCAUCCUCGGCAUCUUUGCCGGUGUGAUGCUCGUCAAAACUGCCACCACAACAGCGCGUGCUGUUGCAAGCAGCGCCAGCAUCACAUCUUCCGGAUCAGGCAAGACGCUCACUGCAUCGUUCGCUCUGUGUGCAGCCGCAGCACUGAGCUCCACUGCAGGCGUGAUACUAGAGUUCAUCUUUCGCGAUCGCAGCGUCAACCUGUGGGCAUCCAACGUUCAGCUCUCGUGCUUCUCCAUCCUACCAGCGGCAUGCAUUGUCUUGUUCCGCGAUGUCUCGCACCUGGGUCCGGUGCUGCACGAUCUUCAUGCUAGUCCUUGGCCGAUGGGAGUCGUCUUUUGCCAGUCGUUUAACGGCAUGAUGAUUGCGAUUCUGCUCAAGAAAGCCGGUGUGAUUAUCAAUGAUUUCACUUCGGCCGUCUCGAUCAUCCUAACUUUUGCACUCAACGAGUUGCUGUUUCCAGCAUCAAGCAAGAUCGACGGUAUACCCGAUGUUCUUCUUGUGUUUGCAGGUAGCUGCGUUAUUCUCGCUUGCAGUACCGUGUACCACAGGUAUCUACCGAAAGAGCCAAAACCCGACAAUGUGCCCGUAAUGCCAAGUGUCAGUCGCGCCGAUGACCCGGCGCUCCAUAUCGAAUUUGAUGCAGCCAACAACUCUUCCACGCCAUUCGGACCAGCUUCGCCAUUUUCAUCUCCUGCUUCGUCCUCAAUAGCAACCCCAACGCCAAAGUCACCGAUGGGAUACUAUUACAAUAUCAGCACCAACGACUUGGAGAAGGAGACCAAGCCGGUCGGCGAGCACGUGGAUCUUCUCGAGCUGCAAGAUCUUCGCCCUCGAAAGAUUUCUUGA